AUGAGUGGGGCAACAUCAUCAUCCUGGGAAGAUUUAAGAAAGCAGGCACGACAUCUAGAGAAUGAUAUUGAUAUGAAAUUAGUAGCAUUUAGUAAAUUAGGUGUUACUUCUGGUUCAUCGAGUCUUUCAUCUGAGACUGUACCACUUAUAAACAGUGAUGACAUGUUUGAUACCAUGUCUAUGGAGCUCCAACAACUGCUUAAUAAGUUGUCAGCUAUUAACGACAAAAUGGCGGAUUUAGCACCAAAUGGAGCCGCAUCAAUGCACACCAUAAAGAGACACAGAGAAAUAUUAAUGGAUUAUCAACAAGAGUUCUCAAAAACUUCAGCGCGAGUUAGUGCUCGACGGGAGCGCGAGGAGUUACUACGUGGCGGCAGUCCUCCCCCGGCCGCGGCGGCUGGCCUCAGCAGACGAGACCAAUAUGCCAAGGAAGCUAAUCAUUUGCACAGCUCACACAUGCUGGUGGACGAACAGAUAAACAUUGCGAUGGAGGCGCGGGAGCAUCUCUCCUCACAGCGUCAAACGUUCAAACGGAUGCAGACUAGGUUUAACGACAUUGCUAACAGGUUCCCAAUGCUGAACAGUCUUAUCUACAGAAUAAAUUCCAGAAAACGACGCGACUCCCUUAUCCUCGGUCUAGUUGUUGCUGUAUGUACAUUCCUGUUACUGUGCUACGCCUUCCAUUGA